GCUUGUUCUUAGCUGAACAAUUAGACAUUCAUAGAGGCUGGUACAACAAACAAGGGAGUAGAAGCCUUGUUCCCCUUUCUCUUUCCUCAGCCUGUGCAUCUCUGCCUCUGACCACCUUCUAUCACGGCUGCCCCCUUCACUAUCUGCUUCCUGUAUUGACCAUGCCUGGGUGGAGCUGCCUGGUGACAGGAGCAGGAGGGUUUCUGGGCCAGAGGAUCAUCAGGAUGUUGAUGCAGGAGGAAGCACUGCAGGAGGUCAGAUGCCUGUUCAGGACAUUUGGUCCAAAACAUGAAGAGGAAUUAUCCAAGCUGCAGACAAAGGCCAAGGUGACAAUACUGAAGGGUGACAUUCUGGAUGUCCAGUGCCUGAGGAGAGCCUGCCAGGGCAUCUCUGUUGUCAUACACACCGCUGCUGCUGUUGAUCCCAUUGGUGCCAAUUCCAGACAGACCAUCCUAGAUGUCAAUCUGAAAGGUACGCAGCUCCUAUUGGAUACUUGUGUGGAGGCCAGUGUGCCAGUCUUCAUCUACAGCAGCUCAGUAUCUGUGGCUGGACCAAACUCCUACAAGGAGAUCAUCCUGAAUGCCCAUGAGGAAGAGCAUCAUGAAAGCACAUGGUCUGAUCCAUACCCAUACAGCAAAAGGAUGGCUGAGAAGGCAGUGUUGGCAGCCAAUGGGAGCAUCCUGAAAAAUGGUGGCAGGUUGCAUACUUGUGCCUUAAGACUCCCAUUAAUCUAUGGGGAAGAAAGCAAACUCAUUUCAACCACUGUAAAUGCAGCACUCAAGAACAACAGCACAAUUAAGGAAUACGCCUCAUUUGGCAUAGCCAACUCAGUGUAUGUGGGCAAUGCAGCCUGGUCACACAUUCUGGCUGCCAGGGGCCUACAAGAUCCCAAGAAAUCCCAAAGCAUCCAAGGACAGUUUUAUUACAUCUCAGAUGACACCCCUCACCAGAGCUUUUCUGAUUUAUAUUAUACCUUGGUCAAAGAAUGGGGCCUCCGCCUUGAUUCCAGGUGGAUCCUUCCUUUGCCCCUGCUCUACUGGCUUGCCUUCCUGCUGGAAAUUGUGAGCUUCCUGCUACGUGCAGUCUACAACUAUAGGCCACCCUUUGGCCGUUUCUUGGUCACAGUAUCAAAUAGCGUGUUCACUGUCUCCUACAAGAAAGCUCAGCGAGAUCUGGGCUAUGAGCCACUUGUCAGCUGGGAGGAAGCCAAGCAGAAAACCUCAGAGUGGAUAGGGACACUAGUGAAGCAGCACAGAAAGACACUGGACAAAAAGUCUCAGUGA